AACCCAAGAAGUCUAAUCUAAUAAAAACCUCAGAGAACAACUCCUCCUCCGCCCCAAGUUUCCAGCUCACCCGCCAAGUCUAUUUCAAUCCCCCUAUUCUAUUCUAUUGCGCUUUGUGUUUUGCCUUGUCUCUUUCUCCUCCUCCCCCACCAUAAUUGCUCUUGCGUAUCGAAACGUACGCCUGGUUCUUCACCCGGAGAGACUACCUUCAGCUAUCCAUCUAUUUAUCUAUCUUCAUUUAUCUGUUUCUUUGUUAAUUUCAAUGUACAUCAAGUGUUGCGCUGGGGGCCUAAUUAAUUGAUGAUGUGGCCGGAUAUAGGUGAUGAUUCCGGUGAUGCUUCCCCGUCUGGAGGAGGAGAGACACCUGUUCGGGAAGUACGAGCUGGGGAAGCUGCUGGGAUGCGGGGCCUUCGGGAAGGUGUACCACGCCAGGGACGUGAGAACGGGGCAGAGCGUCGCCAUUAAAGCCGUGAGCAAGCAGAAAGUUCUCAAAGGCGGCUUCACGGCCCACGUCAAGCGCGAGAUCUCUAUCAUGCGCCGGCUGCGCCACCACCACAUCGUGCGCCUCUUCGAGGUCCUCGCCACCAAGUCCAAGAUUUUCUUCGUCAUGGAGUUCGCCAAAGGCGGCGAGCUCUUCGCCAAGGUCGCCAAGGGCCGAUUCAGUGAAGAUCUCAGCCGCCGCUACUUCCACCAGUUGAUCGCCGCCGUCGCCUACUGCCACUCGCGCGGCGUCUUCCACCGCGAUCUGAAGCCGGAGAAUCUCCUGCUCGACGAGAACUGGGACCUCAAGGUCACCGACUUCGGCCUCGCCGCCGUCGCCGAUCAGGUCCGCCCCGACGGCCUCCUCCACACGCUCUGCGGCACGCCGGCCUACGUCGCCCCGGAGAUCCUCGCGAAGAAAGGCUAUGACGGCUCCAAGGUCGACGUAUGGUCCUGCGGCAUCAUUCUGUACGUCCUGAACGCCGGUUACCUGCCGUUCAACGACCCCAACCUCAUGGUCAUGUACCGGAAAAUCUACAAAGGCGAUUUCCGGUGCCCCAAGUGGAUGUCCGCAGAUCUUAAGCGCUUCCUGUCUCGCCUCCUCGACAUCAACCCCGACACGCGCAUCACCGUCGACGAGAUCCUCGCCGAUCCGUGGUUCCAAAAAGGCUACAAGGAGAUCAAACCCAAUUAUUCGGAGGAGCUUGAGGAAAUCAAGGACGCCGGCGAAGACGAUGACGGCGACAAGUUCCUGAACGCCUUCGACAUCAUCUCGUUCUCGCCGGGCUUCGACAUUUCCAAUUUGCUGGGAAACCAGCAGGAGGCUUCAGGCUGGUCGGAGCGGUUCUUGUCGGAGGAGUCGCCGGAAAGGAUCGUCGGGAAGAUUGAGGAGGUGGCGAAGGCGGAGGGGCUGACGACGACGAAGAAGAAGAAAGGUUGGGCAAGGAGGGUGGAAGGGCAUAACGGUCAUUUUACAGCCGUGGUGGAUGUCCACCGGUUAACAGAAAAGCUGGUGGUGGUGGAGAUCAAGUUGGUGGAGAGUGGCCGUGAAAUUUGGAUAGAAAAAAUCAAACCGCAGCUCAAUGAAAUUAUUUACCAACCGGAAGGGUGAGUUACCGGUAACUGAUAAAAAAAAAUAAAAAAAAAACUCGAUUGUUAGUUGACUUCAAAGACAUCGUAAUUAAUUAUCAAAAGGCGUCCUAUUUUUUU